AUGUUCUCAAACUUCUUCUGGGGUAAUGUUUUACUUACUAAUAAAGUUGCUAAACGUGUAGAGCAACUAUUAGAUACAAAAGAACAAAUAGAAAUUGUUGGAGAAACAAGAGAAAUUAUUUUAGCUGCAAAUAUUAAUUCUCCAAAUUGGACAACAAUUGCUGAAGCUGAAAUACCAUCUACCAGCAACAACACUGCUUUAGUUACAACUGCGACUUCUAAUGAAGAAAUAUCUAUACCCAAAGAAUCUUUUUCGCGUUUUACAACUGUUCGUAAGACGCUUUUACAUCAUCCACAAGGUGCUAACGUUUUGACAGCUGCAGAAGACAUAUUUACAGAAUGUCAUAGACGAAGUCUUAUAAGAAUAGUAACUUCUGAAUUAGUAACGACACACAAAUAUAACUACUAUCCACCUGAAGAAGCCAAAAUAGCUCUUGCCAAAAGUAUUGUAACAGAAUUUCCAAAAUUACGUGACCGCGAAACAACUAAAGGAUAUGAACUUUACUAUGAUCCAUCUACUAAAAGAGAUUUCAUGGAUGAAAUUAAAGAUACCGUCUGA